ACGUCCCGCCAUUUUCACUACAUAUACAUAUACCUAUAUUACGUAUACAGACCCCUCUUAACCGCCUUUUUUUGCUACCUGUUUUUUUGUUGUUAACGGAAAUGUGUUUUUUUUUUUGGUUCUUUAAUGUUUGUCCCUUAGCUAUCCUCACCUUUCUUUUAGUUCCCAUUGCUGAAACUGCGCCCUUUUACACACAUUAGCCUUCAAACUGUAACCUCCUCUCCAGCACCUUUCCAACCUACCCUGGCGUUGACAAGUGUGUGUGUGUGUGUUCGUUGAAACGCCAGAGGGAGAACCCCUAGCCGUCCAUUGACGGUACCUUUAAACCGGGGCAAUUCAUUCACCCUUCGUAUCAACCGGAUGGCUUUCCCUAUCAACGAGCCUUACCACGCACUGGGGGUUGACCGGCGGUGGUGGAAUGUGAGACAUAGUAUGUGUAUGUUUGUGUGUGUGUGUGUGUGUGUGUGUGUGUGUGUGUGUCAGUGGCUGAAUCGACAAGGAUCGACCAUCAUCGCAGCACACACAGGUGCGCAAUUAGCUCGAGCCCGGCAUCCGCCGUUGAACCUUUUGUCCACUACAUUUGCGCUUAAACCGGGCGCCCACUCUCCCGCACAACAAAAGCGUGAAGCGCGCACACACACACAUCCAUGAAGGGAAAUAGCUCUCCCGUUUUGCUUUUUGGGGGAAAAAAGGCUUGCUGGGCCCCAUGAAAGCCCGGCCAACAGCGCGCGAGCGCGAGCGAGAGGAGCUUGCAAUUGAAACAAAAGAAAGAAAGAAAAACGGAACGAACACGAACACCACCAAUGUGGGUCCCCAAUAUACCGCCAUGCCUAUACACACAGUGCACGGUUUGCGGGCGGCCGUUUAAAUUAUACGAACAAACGUGUACCACAGGGGCUGCUGGUGGUGGUGGGGCCUUGUGCCGCGCGUUCUCUUCUUACCCUUUGCUCACCUUCUCUGUCCCUGUCUCUCUCUCUCUCUGGGGCGCCAUUAAAAAGCAUCGGAUUGCGGGCGACCGACCUGUAAGCGAGCGUGUUUGUGUGUGUGUGUGUGUGCGAAAGGUACGAUCCCGAUCGUAACACGCUCGCGAGGGUAGCUCGAGUGUCGCUUCGUUCACGCACCGCUUGUUUGCUUGAGCGUCUCGACGAGAGAACACACGCCCGUAGCGUGCGGCGUCCGUAGCGCGCAUCUCGUGUACUGGGGGAGCUUACGAACUGUGGGAUUUUUUUUAAGUUGUGUGUGGUGUCUGUCUCCUCCUGGGCACUCUAGUGUACCUUACCGUGUGCGGUGCGUGUGUGAGCGGAUUGCACAGAAGCGAGCUUCAAGUGCGAGGUGCGAUUUUCGCUCGAACGAGAGAAAGAGAGAGGGAGAGGCAGAAGGAAGAAAGAACGAAAAAAUGGCAACCGUACAAGUGCGAACAGCGCUGAACGCUGCUGCUGCUGUGCCCUUAGUAAAACCUAACCUUGGCGAAAAAGAUCGGUUCGCCUUCCGUGUGCGCGUGUGUGUUUGCGCUCCGCUACGUUGGCUGUGCCGUUCUGCUACAGACCACGGUUGACAAAAGGAUGUGUUUUAGUGAACGACGGAUAACAGAUAACAAAAAAAAAAAACAAACUGAUCCAAGAGUUAAGUGAAUCACGGGUUGCGGCGACGACGUUACUAAGUGCGAUGGCGGCGGCGGCGGCGGCGAAAAAGAACCGAAUUCUAAGAUGGCGCAGCGAAGGAUGAUGAUGGGGCGCUCGAUCCAGCAGCUGCGGGAAAUGGCGAAGACGUGCUGCGCUCGGCCGGAAAAAACAACACUCGCGACAACUGCUCGCACCGAGCGGCCUGGUUUCCCUGUGGUGGUGAAUUUUAAACGUUUCAUUUAAAUGAUCUUUUACAUUUCGUCUCAUUGCCCCACUAUUGCCCUGGAGAGCGCGAAAGAGAGCGAGAAAGAGGUGCCCAAAGGAAGAGCUUUUCGAUCAACCCCGUUCCUCAAUUUCCCCGGGCGAUGCGUGCGCGUUUCCCAUUAGUUUGGUAACAAAAAAAAAAAAAAAGAAAAGAUUAUUAAUUAUUCUGAACCACGCUAUCGCGGUACAGCGGGAAGCCAGGCUGUACGGGUAUAAAGCCUAGCUAAGAGCUUCCAUAGCCGACCCGUUUCAGUGCUAAAAAGUGGUGUUGCACUCCUCCUGUGUGCGAUCAUCACGACAUCUUUAUGUUUUCCUAAUGAAGCCAAAGGAGUGACACGCCGCCGGGGGGGAAAGAAGCAGACACGCGGUGUAUCGUCUCGGGUCUUCAUUACCGCUUCCUCCCCCAUUUAUCUUAACGGCUGAAAGAUCCUCCUCGCCACAGCCACAACCCUCCACAGUCGGGGUACGAUCGUCGUGUUCAACCGUUCGCACACACACACACACACACCAGCCAGCGUGUGUUUGUGUUGGGGAGAUGAUUGCGAGGAAGGCGAGCAUUCUACCACUGAAUUACCGAUGAAACAGUCUGGCAGUCUCUCUACACCGUCACUCAAACAAAUGCGAACGUGUGCAGCAGUGAGGAGCGCGAGGCGAUUGGGAAGCAUGGAAAGGAAAUACUACUACUCUACCACUUCCACCCUCGCCUCUCUCACCUGCCGGCAUGGCGUGGAUAAGCGCGCGCGCGCGCACACACGCUCUCGCGUCGCUGGUGACGGAUUUCGCAUCAACCCCCACGAUCAAACAUGGCGCCGCAGGUCAUCAAACAAGUUCAAGGUCUAUCAACCGACAUUUGGCGGGGGAGGUGGCUGGGGGUUGUGUUUCAAGAGAGGAAUAAAUGGAGUGGGGAGUUGUGUUGGUUUGAUCCCUCUAACCACACAAACACACACACACACAUGCGCCUAGUGGGAAGCCAUUGUUUGUGAAAGGAUUUGUUCCUGCAUGGAAAUCUCCUGUACUGCUCGAAUACGACGAUCCCCCAAAUGCUGGUGAGGGAGGAGGUAAUGCUUGGGAGGCGUUUCCUGGUCCCUUUCGAAAGCUGGAACAACCGGGAAAGAAGGGCCAUUGUCUUCUUGGGGCUAUCUCGUCCUCCCCCUUUUACCCACUGCUGCAAAGCAGCAGCAACAGCACACAAACAUACAGCACCGUUUGCAACCCUCCUCCCCCCCCCCCCAUCUUUUUCGAGCAAGAAGAUGGAAGUUUAUUCACAUUUUUGCCGUUUAGUUUGUUGCCUCUGUUUUCUCGGCCAUUCGUUCUCGGGGCUCGCUCGGUGAACGCUCGGCGAUGAAGGAGUGGAAGCUGAAACGGUGCGGUUUAGGGGAGGGUGAGGGGGGGGGGGGAUCGUACCACGCCGUACGUACCCGCGAAGCGCGCGGAGGGUAAUGCACCCGAAUGAUCAUUUUUUUCUCUCUUUCCCCCUCUAUAUGUGUUGGUGGUACCGGGUCCGUUCGGUUCCCUUUUGUUCUUUGGCGUUUGGCUUCUUCCGCCAUGCUGCUGUAGGUGGGGGGGAGGUACUUUUGGAAUGAAACUUUAUUAGUUUUCGACGAGCAGCGAAAAAUGAAAGGAAGAGACCACUUUCAAACUCGCGCAGCUCGCUCAGCUCGGCAUGCUACAUUUUCCAGCUCUAAGAUCUAAAAAGAACAAGAAGAAAAAGCUAAAACUGUCCCAUUGUGGAGAGACGAGGCAUGUUUUGUACGUUGUCUUUGCUUUUAAAGUCCCCUCGAAAUACACACACUCACACAACACAAACCCCCUUCGGGUGUGUGUCAGGUGGCUUAGGGACGUUCAUGUCGAGCGUUUCUUUUUUUUUUUUCCCCCGAGUGGGACGCCCUGCACACAAUACCCACUUGCACGUGUGUGCGUUGCAUACAUUAUACUCGCCUUCCCGUCCACACCGGUGUCGGCGUGCUACACAAAAAAUGUUUCCCCCAAUUUUUCUUCCCUUCUUUAAUGCCCGGGAGGAAAACGCCUCACGGGAAAUGGUUUUGUAGCCGCCCGUCUGUCUUUUGCUUUACGAGUGAGUGUGCGCACAGUGCGCCAGAGCGAGAGAGAACGGAUGGUGUAAAACGGGGGGUGCACGAUGAUUCUGACUUAAUUUUCCAGACACACACACACUCACUCACUCUAAACCCCUUAUAAAAAUUCACCUGGAAGUAAAACACACACCCAGAAGCGCGCAAAGGGAAGGGGAAAAGAAAGGAUGGACUAUGGGGGGAGAUCAUAAUGGGGCAGUACAGACGGAGAAUAACGACCAGAGCAUAAGAAAGACAGUUACAGAAGACGAAGAGAUAGAGAAGAUAACGCAACAGAGAGGGAGCAGGAAAAGCGAAAUAGCGCGGUAGGGGGAUGGGGGAAAAAAUGGAAAACAGCACCGAACUACGGAAGCGAAUUAUACAUACACUUGAACGUUGGCAUUAACACACUAAGAAGGGCAGUGUCGGGGGUUGUGCAUGAUGAUGAUGAUGAUGAUGAUCACACAAAGAAGAAGCGGAGAUAGGGAAAAAAGUGCUAUGAAUAUGAAAGAAGGUCCAAUGUGGCGAUGUUUGGGAGGGAGGCAGAAGAGAAGGAAUGGGAAAACGUAAAGUAAAAAUAUCGUAUCUUCCUUCAUUUCCUUGCUCGUUUUUUUUUUCCUCUCUUAACGAGCGCUUCACAAUUAGUGAUCCCUUAGCAACAACAACAGAAAAAUGAUGUCGUCUUCCCUAACAAAAACCCGUCGCAUCCGGCACGCGCUGGCUUCCUUUGUCUCCGCGUUGUCUCUUCCCUUCCCUCCACAAAACUAUAAUUUAAAUCCUGUUACCUUUUCUCUCCCCCCUCCCGAACAUCCUUACGAUCGUCGCCCGCAUGUGGCUGUGAUGGUGCGUGUUGCCCUUUAACCGUCAAAUUAAUGCCACCUGUUUGCCCUUUUUACAAUGUUCUUUUUUCCCUCCUGUUUCACCGCUUUUUUUCCUCAUUCCCGGCGAUCAACCGUCUCUUCCUUUGCCCUCUCGAAAGCUCUUUCGGAUCCCUUCCCUCCAGGUUACUGCCUACUGCCUUCGUAAAGCAAUCGAAAGUCGAACCGAUCUUACAUUUUAUACCGUCUAGUGCAAGCUUCCUCUAACCAACGCGCAUCUCUCUCUCUCACCCUCUUGACAGGGAUGCAUCGCUAUCGCCGUUGCUGUUGGCGGUUGCAUCCCGCGUUUCGGGGAAGUCAAACGUUUUUGAAAGGAUUGAAACACAAAGCCUUACAUUUUGCUCUAUUGCCACCUCGAUCUGCUGCAACCAGCAGUCCCACUGCCCGUCUGCAGCCCACGUGCUGCAAGCAGGCAGGCGACCGGGACACGUUGCACUAACACUUGCCAUAACCAUAUGCUUUCUGUGUCUUCUUUUUUUUUUGUUUACUUCCCUUAAAACAAGGCUCUUCUUUUUAGGUACAGUUUGUAGCGCUUUAAAUGUGUUUCUUUGCGCAUUUCCGUCCGAAAGCGAUGACCUUUUUGUUUAUUGCAAAUUUAUAUAUGUAUUUUUUAAAUCAUUACUUUAUCUUUUACCCACUGCACUAGUAUUGUUGUGUUAGUACCAGUUCGCUUGCAACUUUUAGAGACAUACAUUUCAAAGCACAACUCACACUGCGCAACGUUUACUAAUCGUAAACCUGUUCUUUUACUUUAUUUUCUUCCCCUCCAUUUCCCCACCCUUCUGUUUUUUUUUGUUUGUAUCGUUUUUUCCCCCUUGUCGCAUUUGUUGCCGCCAUCCUCUGCACCGUCACACUCCCUAUAAUGUGUCUAAAUUUUGGCGUCGUCCGCUGGGCGUACGUUUUUCACCUCUGCUUGCCGGGCACGCGGGUAGGCCAUGGCGGGGUGAAUCAACUAGGCGGGGUGUUCGUGAAUGGGCGCCCACUGCCCGACCUGGUCCGGCAGCGGAUCGUCGAGCUGGCGCACAACGGCAUCCGGCCGUGCGACAUCUCGCGCCAGCUGCGCGUCAGCCACGGUUGCGUCUCGAAGAUACUGUCCAGAUACUACGAAACGGGCAGCUUUAAGGCGGGCGUGAUCGGUGGGUCGAAGCCGAAGGUAGCGACGCCGCCGGUGGUGGAAGCGAUCGCCGCCUACAAGCUCCAGAACCCGACCAUGUUCGCGUGGGAGAUCCGCGACAAGCUGCUGGCGGACGGUAUCUGCGUACACGAUAAUGUGCCCAGCGUGUCGUCGAUCAAUCGCAUCGUACGCAACAAGGCGGCGGAAAAGGCAAAGUACAGCUCACAGCGCUCGGACAACAGCAGCAUGGACAGCCCGCGGAUUCUGUCGCGCAACAAUCAGCAGCAGCAGCAGCAGCAAAGUCAGCAGCAGCAACAGCAGCAGGAGUGUCUCAAUCAGCAGAUGCAGGCCGACCAGGAAUCGAUGAAGUCACCGCAGCAGGUGGAGAACGUUGCGUCGCAGUCGUACAGCAUCAACGGGUUGCUCGGCCUGUCGCAGAAGUCACUGUCUGGUUCGAGCUCGAAACGGCGUCGCAUCAAGGAAGAUCCCGAUAUGAAGGGUAGCAUGCUGAGCUGCAUCAAGCGCGACAAGGAGGCCAAAGACAUGUCGGAGAGCAUGCUGCACGACAGCAUAGGCAAGGGAGGCGGUCAGGAUCAGCAGCAACAGCAGCAGCAACAGCAGCAGCAGCAACAGGACAAGGGCCACGAUCUGUUCGUCGGUGGUGUGGACUUCGUUAGCUCGCUUGCGAUGGCCCAGGACGACGGGAACAAUCCGGACAAUCAGCAGGCCGGCUUCAGCAGCAUGCGCACCGGCCCCCGGCCCGGCACGAUGAGCAGCAGCCCGAUCCGGUCGCGCGAAAACGCCCUCUUCCUGCUGGCGGGCGGUGACAAGGCGCACAAGUACCACCGCACGGACGAACCGAUGCCGACCGGCGUCAUCAUCGAGGACGACAGCAGCGCCCGCAAGCAUCAGCAGCAGCAGCAGCAGCAGCAGCAACAAGCACACCAGGCCAACGACGUGAAGACGACCUACGACAAGAUACUCGCCGGCGAGCUCGUACCGGGCAGUGGGGUGAAGCGGACGAGCAGCAGCGCCAACAAUGCCGCCACCGAACCGUCCGCCCUGACGCAGUCGAUCGAGUUCCUGAGCGACAUGAACAACAACAUCGCGCAGAACCAGCACCAGGGCUUUGCGGCGGCCGCGUACGACGGCGCGUACAGUGCGGCGGACGCGGCCGACACGGCCGUCCAGCUCAAUCCGCACCUGGCCGCCUGCUCCUCCAACUACUCCGCCUUCCUGCAGAACACGGACCAGUUCGCGGCGGCCAACCCGGAGCUGAUCUUCCCGACCGCGGCCUACACGCAGUACGCGGCGCCCGGCUACGGCACGUUCAACUACAACUCGUCCUUCGCCAACAACAACCUGUGCCGGGACCUGGGCCAGAUCCACUACCCGGAGGAGCAGUAGUCGGCGGCGGGGGUGUAGCAGUAAUUGUAGCAAUAAGCAAUAAGGUACGCUAGCGGGUAAAGGAGCCGGCGGUGGUUACGUGGAACGGAGUGAUUUCUUUAGCCCGUACGAAUAUAUAAAUAUAUCGAGGACAACGAGGAGAGUGCGGAGAGGGAGAGGGAAGCGUGUUGUGCGUUGAUUUCCGUGUUAAAGCAGAACACUUAAACAUAUACAAUUUACAAAGAAAAACAAACAAACAAACCACUAAAUCACAAUUUACAAAACUGAUGAACAAAUGAUUUAUAUUGCGUCCUUCUCCUGGGAGGAGAAGACGACGUCGACGACGAAGAUGUUGCGCAUUUACACACACACACACACACAUACGUGUUACGUACAUUUCACGCGGCCAGUGGGGGUGAGUGGGCCCGAUCAAACGCCGAACGGAAGGGGCUCGAUGUUCGCGGCAACAAAUACUCGGCCCAAACCACGCGAACGUUUACGCAUUUACUGGAAGAGAGAUACACCAACCCUUAGGGAAUGCUGCGCGGUUAUUUUGUCUCUGUCUCUGAAAUUUAUUAAAAUAAAAGCAAAAGUGCUGCACCGAAACCAA